AUGGCUAUUUCAUGGAAGUCGUUUGACUUCUUCGAUGUCGCCCAAAUCACGCUCGCCGAAGACGAAACCCGACAGCUCUUCGAGGGCAACGAGAUCUCGAGCGUUUGCGCAGGCUCCGAUAGCCUCUUCCUUGGAUCGUUCGAUGGAUACGUCAGCAUAAUAAACAAGUCAUGGAAGGUCGUUCAGCGCUUCCAGGCUUACGAGGCUGGGAGCAUCACGCAUAUGCGCCAAGUUGAGAGAACGAGCCUCUUGUUGACAGUUGCGGAGGAUAUGAGCAGUGAGCCUGUUCUAAAGGUGUGGGCACUUGAUAAACUCGUCAAGAAAACCAACACACCGACAUCGGUGGGGUUUACGAACGGUGCGGUCACCGUAAUUCGAGGAGAAUUGGUCCACGACCUCGGCACAAAGCAGCGCAUCGUUUUCGAAUCAGAAGAGCCAGUCACGGGUGUUGAGUUAGCAUGGGACGAGACACAGAAGCUCACCACCUUGUUCGUCUCGACGACCUCGAGGAUUUUGAAGCUAGGCCUCUCAAAGAAAGGACAUGGGAUGCCGCCCAAGACCGUAGAGGAUGCCGGAUGUGCCGUAGGCUGCAUGACGCGUGACCAAAACACGGACGGUGUCAUAAUUGCGCGGGACGACGCCAUUUAUACCUACACUCAGGAAGGCCGAGGGCCACCCAAGGCGUAUGAGUCGCCCAAGAGCAAGAUCGAUGUUUACCAUGAAUACGUUGCGGUUGCAUGUCCGCCAGCAAGCAGUACAGCAAAAGACUCUGAGGCUAUGAGACGGCGAUUUGGUAGUACGACUGCCAAUUCCCUGUUCAAUGCAUCAUCUUUUGUGCUGCUGGAUAUGGACCUUAGGGUUAUUGGUCAUACCGAAACGUUGAUGUCUCCAGUGGGACAUUUUGUUGAUAUCUGGGGUGACUUUUACACGAUCCUUCAAGAUGGCAAGGUUUAUCGAUAUCAUGAGAAGAGCUUGCAGCAACGGCUGGAAAUGUUGUACCAGAGGAACAUGUUUCCCCUGGCUAUCGAGCUCGCACAAAAGUCUGGGCUGGAUAAUGAACAGCAAAGCCUUAUUUACCGCCGAUUCGGUGAUCACCUAUACCAGAAAGCUGAUUAUGACGGAGCUAUGGUUCAGUACAUUCGAGCGAUUGAUACGACCGAGCCAUCACAAGUCAUUCGAAAGUACCUUGAUACACAACGCAUUCAUAAUCUUAUUCAAUAUUUGGAGCAGCUUCAUGACCAUCGAAAAGCAACCGCCGAUCACACGACCCUUCUCCUCAACUGCUAUGCAAAACUCAAGGAUAUCAACAAGCUUGAAAAGUUUAUCAAGUCUCCUGGCGACCUCAAGUUCGACCUCGAUACGGCAAUCGCCAUGUGUCGACAGGGUGGGUACUAUGAACAGGCAGCGUACCUAGCCAAGAAGCAUGGCGAGACCGAUCUAGUGGUGGACAUUUUGAUAGAAGACUCCAAGAACUAUGCCGAAGCGCUCGAUUACGUCUGGCGUCAAGAUCCCGAUAUUGUACUGUUGAUCGAGAACUGUCCCCAAGAUGCCACAAAGCUAUUCGUGGACUACUAUACCGGCAACUACAGACCCCGACGAACUUUAACAGUACAUCACGAUAUCGACACGCCUGCCAGUGGCGGUUUCGCAGCCGGAGCCGCCAGUGCUGUCCAAAACCUCUCGAAUCUUCUUCCCCUGCCUUAUAUGAAUACAUCUUCGAUCGCAUCUCCUGGUACUGUCGGGAAUACAAAGGCCGUGGUGAGCGACAGCACUAUUGUUGUAGACAAUGACGAUAUUCCUGCACCAAAAUACAACCCACCUCCACCAAGAACAGCCUUCUCUUCUUUCAUCGACCAUCCUGAUGAGUUCAUCAUUUUCCUCGAAGCAUGUCUUGAGGAGAAGUAUAUCAAGUCGAGUGACAGGACAGAUUUGUACACUACUCUUUUUGAGAUGUACUUGCACAAAGCCAACGAGAAGAAGGGCCAGCAUCACAAGGAGGAAUGGGAGGCAAAGGCUAAGAAGCUUAUUGAGGGCGAACACGUACCUAUGGAAAGCUCCAACGUAUUGCUUCUGUCCCACCUCGCCAACUUCCAGGACGGAACAGUGCUUGUCAAGGAGCAGGCAAAGCUUCUUUUUGACAUUUUCAGAUCUUACACAUCAGCCAAGGACACUCGAGGCGCCAUGAAAGCUCUCAGAAAAUAUGGUCCUGAGGAGCCGCAAUUAUACCCAGCUGCACUGGCAUACCUCACCUCGGACCCGAAAGUACUAGAGGAGGCUGGGCCUGAUGAGCUGGCUAACGUUCUGAACAAGAUUGACAAGGAUGGACUCAUGGCACCUUUGCAAGUUAUCCAAACUCUUGUUGGACAAUCGUCGGGUGGUGGUGUCGCUACCAUGGGCAUGAUCAAACCAUACUUGCACGAAACGAUCACAAGAGAGCGCAAGGAAAUUGCGUCCAACCGAAACCGAAUUAAUACUCUUCGGGGAGAUACGGAAAAGCGUCGCGACGAGCUUGCCGACUUGGGAUCUAAGCCAGCUGUGUUCCAGGCGACCUGGUGUUCCGACUGCAGUCAGCGACUAGAUUUGCCUGCUGUCCACUUUCUAUGCAAGCACAGUUUCCAUCAACGUUGCGUACGAAACGGAGGCAACGAGGGUGAAGCAGAGUGUCCCAAGUGCGCAUCCGAGAAUGACAUGAUCCGCAAGAUGCGCGAAGGACAACGUGAGAGGGCGGGUAAGCAUGAUCUUUUCAAGAGCGACCUGGAAAACAGCGAGGAUCGCUUUAGUACUUUGGCAGAAUGGUUCUCGCGAGGAGUCAUGGACGGACAGAGUGCCGAGUAA